AUGAAACAAAACAGCAGUGUAAAUAAAUUUAUACUAUUAGGAUUGACCCAAGAUCCUGUAAGACAGAAGAUGGUAUUUGCAAUCUUCUUCAUUUUCUAUGUGGGAACUGUAAUAGGCAAUUUGCUUAUUAUUCUGACUAUAAAGUUUAGUCGAACACUUGGGAGCCCCAUGUACUUCUUCUUAUUUUAUUUGUCCCUGGUUGAUUUUUGCUUUUCAACUUCUAUUGCCCCAAGACUUCUUGUGGAUUCUCUGUCGACCAAAAAGUUCAUAUCUUAUAAUGAGUGCUUGACUCAAGUCUUUGCACUUCAUUUGUUUGGUGCCAUGGAAAUCUUUGUCCUGGUUCUCAUGGCUGUUGAUCGCUAUGUGGCCAUCUGUAAACCCUUGCAUUAUCCAACCAUUAUGAGGCGGCAGGUCUGCAUCAUCCUGAUUAUUCUUUCAUGGAUAGGUUCUUUUAUACAUUCUAUAGCUCAGAUUAUACUGGCCUUGAAAUUGCCUUUUUGUGGACCUAAUGAGAUUGAUCAUUAUUGCUGUGAUUUGCAACCCUUGCUGAAACUUGCAUGCAUGGAUACAUAUGAGAUAAACCUUCUGUUGGUGUCUAACAGUGGGGCACUUUGCACAAUUGGACUUGUGUUUCUUUUGUUCUCAUAUUUUGUUAUCUUGCAUUCACUGAGAAACCACAGUGCAGAAGGGAGGAAAAAGGCUCUUUCCACUUGUACUUCCCACGUCACUGUAGUGAUAUUAUCUUUUGGUCCGUGUAUAUUUAUAUAUACACGUCCUCCCAUCACUUUUGCUGCGGACAAGAUGGUAGAAGUCUUUUAUACUAUCGGAACACCCUUUCUCAACCCACUCAUUUACACACUGAGGAACGCAGAGGUGAAAAACGCCAUGAGAAAGCUAUGGCUCGUUGAAACUACCUCAGCAAGUAAAGAAUGA